CCCCAACCCGGAUGGGCAUCACGUGGCCCCUGGGUCAGCAGUCCAGGAAAAUCCCAGCCCUUGCAUGCUUAGCCUCCCAUACCCAUCUACUUACCCACUCUGACACACUCAAACCUCCCUGACCCACCUUGAGCACUCACCAUUGCACACUCCCUGGCACAUUUCUUCCACUCUCAGUUUCUGCCACCUCUUCCUGGGCAAUAUUGCCAGCCUUGCCCUAUCAUUCACCCCAAACCAUGGCCCUGGGGCCACUGAAAUUCCAGGCAGUAGGCGAAGAAGAGGAGGAUGAGGAACAAGAGAGCCUGGACUCUGUAAAGGCACUGACUGCCAAGCUGCAGCUGCAGACACGGCGGCCUUCAUACCUGGAGUGGACAGCCCGAGUCCAGAGCCAGGCCUGGCACAGGUCCCAAGCCAGACCUGGGCCGGGGGGACCCGGGGCCAUCUGCGGUUUCGACUCAAUCGAUUCUGCCCUUGAGUGGCUCCGUCGGGAGCUGCGGGAGAUGCAGGCACAGGACCGACAGCUGGCAGGGCAGCUGCUACGGCUGCGGGCCCAGCUGCACCGGCUGAAGGUGGACCAAGCCUGUCACCUGCACCAAGAGCUGCUGAACGAGGCCGAGCUGGAGCUGGAGCUGGAACCCGGGGCCGGCAUGGCCCUCGCCCCGCCGCUGCGGCACCUGGGCCUCACGCGCAUGAACAUCAGCUCCCGGCGCUUCACCCUCUGCUGAGGGGCACCCGCUACCCCAGCCCACCUGGGAAGAAGCCCACCUGGGAAGGAGGAAGGGAGGGGUGCCCAGAGGAGCCAGCACCUGGUGAGGGGUGGGGGAGGGGUGGGGGCACACGCAGCUCUCUGGGAGCAUAAAGCCCCAGCAUCCUGUUGCCCUUGCUGCCCUAGAUGGAGGAUAAUGCGGCUAGGAGGAAGGGGAGGAGCUCACAGACUCCCAGGCUCCCCCAAUAAACGCCCUGCUUCCCAUCAAGGACUCUGCAGUCAUUUAUUCAGUCCAAAGGUCGCUGUAUGUUGCAUGUUGAAGGGACCAAGGAUUCCACUGGAGGAGAGAAUGCUGGCCUUGGGGAGGGAGAUAGACUAAUGGAUCCCCAACUCUCCCACAGCGCCAUCUCUCUCUCUUCACCUUACCAAGAUCAGAACUGAAAAAGAACUUAAAAUCUAAAUCACCCCUAUGGAAGGAGACUUGGCUAAAUGGGCAGCUGAAGAAUGCAGGAUCUGAUAGACCUGGGUUCAAUGCCGACAUCACCAUUUGUUUCUAUUGGAUCUUGAGGGGCUCCCUUAACCCCUGCAUCUGUUUCUUUACCUCUAAAAUGAAAAUGCUAAUUCUCACUCCCCAGUAGUUUGAUAUAUCUUAAGUGAGAUAAUGCACAGUAAGCCCUCAAUAAAUGUGAACUUUCUAUUGAGUAUGA